AUGUCUUUGGAACAAGCUAGAAAACUAGACGAAUCUUACGUAACACAUAAGGAAGAGUUUGAAAUUCCAACUUUCAAGUCAUUGGGGAUUCAACAUGAAAAAUAUGAAGACUCAACUGAAUCAAUUUACUUAUGCGGUAACUCGUUAGGAUUGAUGCCAAAAACGACUAGAAAAGCCAUAAACGAUGAAUUGAAUGCAUGGAGUGAAAGAGGUGUUGAAUCUCAUUUUAGACAUCCUGGCGAGGAAAACGGAUUAACAUCAUGGGUUGAUAUCGAUUUACCUUUGUUGCCAUUGAUCGCACCGAUUGUUGGGGGCAAGGAAAAUGAAGUGGCAGCCAUGGGAACUUUAACAAGUAACUUGAACGCUAUGUUGAUGAGCUUUUAUAAACCCUCUGGUAAAAGGACAAAGAUUCUUUUUGAAAAGCAAGCGUUCCCAUCUGAUUAUUAUGCAUUUUUGAACGCUGCUAAAAUAUUUGGCUAUGACAAAGAUCAUUUGAUUCAAAUGGAGAUCAAAGAAGGCAAAACUUACAUAGAAACAGAAGAUAUAAUUGAAACGAUAACGAAGAAUCAAGACGAGUUAGCACUUGUUUGUUUCUCUGGGAUUCAAUAUUACACCGGUCAGUUUUUCAAUAUUAGUAAAAUCACUGAAUGUGCUAAAAGUUUUGGGAUUACUGUUGGAUGGGAUUUGGCCCAUGCCGUGGGUAAUGUUCCUCUACAACUACACGACUGGAAUGUUGAUUUUGCCGUUUGGUGUUCUUACAAAUAUUUAAAUUCAGGUCCUGGUGGGAUUGCAGGAAUUUUUGUCCAUGAGAGACAUACGAAAGACAACUCAAUUGAACACUUUACGCCUAGACUAGCAGGCUGGUGGGGAAAUAACGCUUCUGACAGAUUUAAGAUGUUGGAAGUAUUCGAUCCUAUUAAAUCAGCAUUAUCAUAUAGACAAUCUAACCCAUCAGUUAUUGACGUGGUUGCCGUAAAAUCCUCGUUGGAACUUUUCAAGAAAGUUGGGGGUAUUAAUGAGUUACGCAAGAAAAGCGUUGAAUUAACGGGAUUUUUACAAUCUUUAUUAACUAGCUCAAAGUAUUAUAUUAAGCAAGAAGAAAAAACCGAUAGAUUGGGGUACAAAAUAUUAACUCCACUUAACAAAGAGGAUAGGGGAUGUCAAUUGUCAGUCUUGUUUCAACCACAUUAUGAGGAACCUAGUAAGAAUGUAAUGGAAAAAGUAAAUAAAUAUUUGAGUGAACAUGCCAUUGUUUGUGAUGAGAGAAGACCAGACGUAAUUAGAUUAGCACCAUUGCCAUUAUACAAUUCAUUUACAGAAACAUUUAUUGCAUUUCAAAGGCUUAUUGAAGCAAUGAACAAAAUAGCUGCAAAUGAAAUAUAG